AAAUUUCACUAGUUCACUGAAGAUCGAAUUGGCUGAGACAUCUCUUUUAAAAUUGAUAAAUGGCGGAUCCAACGUUUCUGUGGGCGACGCUUUCAGUACUAUAUCCGGUGACUCUCCUGAUCGGACUUUACGGAAACAUUUCUGGCUUAGUCGUGCUUUUCCGUCAGCGGAAGAAGACAGGAAGUCUUGUUCUUUUACAGAGUAUUUGUGUGGCAAACCUUUUGUCCGUUGUUUUAGUAUCUUGGUUGACUCUAAGAUUAAAUCUUAAAUUAUAUGGUUUUGAAUCGGUAAUCACAGAAAAUAGCCAAUGGCAGAUGAAAUUUUAUGCCUUUAUUGGAAACAUUCCAAUAUCUUGGAUUGCUUUUACUACAGCUUCGAUUGCAGUUGAACGAGCAUGCGUAAUGACCAUGCCGAUGAAGUUUCACAAUUCUUGGACGACCCGCAAAAUGUAUGUUGCAGUAUGUCUCAUUUACUUUUUAGGGAUGGUAGUUCCAAUACCUAAGUUUUUUGACUUGGACAAGAAGUCAGUAACUUUAAUAGAUACAUUAAUUACAAGAAUAAUUCCCAUUGCUGUCGUCAUCAUCGGAUUUUCGAUAACCAUGACCGCAUUUAGUCUCCAUUCGAAGGACAAACUAGUAAGGCAGCUAAGUGACAGCACUCCAAGUAAAUUCCUGAAACGCAAGGUAACCCAGAGAAACAGGCUUACUAAAACACUUGUAAUUCUGAUGGUUGCAUUCCUUUUUUGUGUUGUUCCGAAGACAGCUUUCACACUGAUAGUUGUCUUUGGCGAAUUCAAAGUUCGCUCAUUUUUGUUUAUCCCGGAAACGGAAAUGGAUAUCACAAUGGUAAUGAUCAUGUACCUAGAAGUACUCCACUGUUGCAUAAACGCUUUUAUGUAUAUUCUCUCGUAUCGAAAUUUCAAACGAGAGUUUGUAAAUGUCAUGUGCUGCAAUUGUGAGAGACCAACCCGGAAGUACGAUAGUCGAAUGUCGGAGAGACACACAUUGUCUGAACUAAGUUCUGUUGAUUCGAUGGUGUCUUUUUGCAAAGAAAAGUCUUCGUCGGAUAUCGUCAGAAAGGAAACAGCUUAACGCUCAGAUCACUUUAUUAGAUACUAGUUCAGAUGCAAAAAAUUAGCGAGGGUCUGUAUGUUCACCAAAAUAAGACAAUACCUCCUGUGUUGCUGGAAAUGUGUAAAUAAAAAAAUUAAGAUUGUGGAAUAAAUAUAUGUUGCUGGAUUUCUCAUUUAUUCGCUUAGAAAUACAUAUUUACAAAGUACAGAAUAGAAAAUUCCGUUUCUCUGUAUUGAUAUCAAAACAAGUCAAUAAUAUUGAAAAAGU